AUGGAUCCAGGCUUUGAUGACGGCCCAAGCGUUGCAGACCCAUUUGUCGUUGAUGGAGCAAACUGGCGUUAUGCCGACCUGCAGAGGCCAAGAAAGUCCUCCUGGUGCAAGGUCCCAGGGUCGAUGCGGCCUGAUCCAUUUGGCAGUCCAUCCCAAGACGAGCUGUCGGCUCUGCUAUUUCGGACGCUGUUACCGGACUCAUAA